AAGUGUUUUUGUUUCCUUUAUCCUCAAUGCCGGGAAAAGACUUUGGGAAAUUGUCUGAACAUUCUUUACCUGUGUUUGUCAUCUGGGAGGCACCAGGCAGGGUGUAGAGGAGGCGAAGCCCCGGGACACAGGACUUGUGGUGUCUGUGUAAGGGAAGAUCAGCCUCUCUAUUUUUUUUAUAAUACCAAAGAUGUGGCAGGAGAGAAUUUACAGCACUCACGCAGACACACAAACCAGCAAAAUGUCUACAUCCUGAGGAACAAGCAUACCCUCUCCAGGCGUGAAGUCCUGUGGGGCAGCAAAGGACAAUCAUGGGAGGUUACACUGUAUCGUAGCAGCUUCAUUGGCAAAUUUCCUGGUUUGGCACAUGCAGGCAGGAACAGGGGGACUGUGAAGGACAUACCCAGAGGCAUUGCUGCUAGGACCUGUGCUAGGUACUCCAGCUUCAAAAGCCAUAUUGAUCUAUCAUGUUCAGUCCUAAAUGGGUGUACACCAGUGCUACCACUUAUCUCAAAUCUGUUUGUAUGAGCAAUAAAAUUAUUAAUUUUCAUUGGGUGUGCUGGGACAGUUGUCCCCACCAAACUUUCCAUGACUAGCAAUUUACUGACCGUGAAAGUCUUAUGGUCUCUAUAAGGAUUUUUCCCCCUAAAGAUUUGUAGUAGUCUGGUUACAAAACUAGGGAAAAGUUAAUUGUAGAUUAGGUUUGCCAAAUACUGCCAUCUGUCAUAUCCAUUUGCCCACAUAAGGUCAAAGAAUUCUGGCCACUAUUCAUGCUGCAUAGGCAUGCACAAAUUCCCCUAGCUCAGCUUUGCCCAGUUUUGGAUCAUAUGAUUUCAUCUCAUACUAGUUUACUACCACUCCCACUUAGAGUUAGAGGACGGAGCAAGAAGAGAGACCUGUCAAUGAUUUUCCUCUUACUUCUAGAAGAAAGGAGAGAAGAGCUACGUGUCCAGCAUCCCCUUGCAACAUUUCCCCACCACAAUCAGUCUCAGGUGAAUCAUCAUUCUUCAGCUAAUAAUGAAACCUAUCAAGAACGAUUGGCACGAUUAGAAGGUGAUAAAGAAUCCCUCAUAUUGCAGGUGAGUGUCCUCACAGACCAAGUGGAAGCUCAAGGAGAGAAAAUUCGGGACCUAGAAGUCUGUCUUGAGGGACAUCAGCUGAAACUUAAUGCUACUGAAGAAAUGCUUCAACAGGAGCUGCUAAGCCGGACAUCACUAGAGACUCAGAAACUAGAUCUAAUGGGAGAAGUUUCGGACCUGAAGAUAAAGCUGGUUGGUAUGGAGAAGGAACAGAGUGAAUAUGAAGAGAAGCAGAACAAAGCUGAGUCAGUAGUGAACCUGAUCAGUGAGCUACAGGAACAGAUGUGUAGACUGCAGCUGGAAAUAAAUAGUAAAAUCCAGGAAAGAAAGUCUCAAGAUAGGAAACCUGACCUGACAACUAAUGGUCCUCAGCCUAGCACAAGAUCAGUGGUAGAGGCCCUCACCCAGAAGAAUUGCUCUCGGUGUGAUAGCCUGCUACAGGAACUCAAACAUCUCAAAGGAAAAGUGGAAGAGCUGGAAAAUGAAAGAACCCAAUAUGAAUGGAAAUUAAAAGCGACCAAAGCUGAAAUUGCCCAGCUUCAAGAGCAGCUGGCUCUCAAAGAUGCGGAAAUUGAACGUUUACAGAGUCAGCUUGCUAGGACGUCAGCACACAAUGAGAUUGCAGAAAGAGAGGAAGUUUAUAGGAGAAGGCUAAAAGAGAAACAUCAAGAAGUCCAACGACUGAAGAUAGGAAUGGAAUCGUUACUGGUGGCAAAUGAAGAAAAGGAUCGUCGAAUAGAGGAGUUAACAGUGUUGCUUAGCCAGUACAGAAGGGUGAAGGAGAUAAUGAUAGCAGUCCAUGGCUCGUCAGACAGAGUUCUGUCUGGUGGUAGUGAAGAGGAACUUGAAACAAGCUUGAGGAAGUGGAAUCCUGUGACUAAACCCCAAGGAGAACUACUUAAAACAGAGGUACCUCCGACAGACGUGUCAUCAACUCUGGUGUCGUCAGUAACAAAAAAAGCUUUGGAAAUCAGUGGAAGUAUUCCAGUUCCUUCAAAUAACCUAAUUUCUCCACAUGAGGAAUCUUCAGAAAUCAGAAGUAGGGUUCCACAGAAGAAACUGUCAAGUAGUCUAGAGGACUUGCAGAGUGAAUCCCUGGAAAAGCAUGUAGACGGCAAGCCAGUAGACCCUGUUGUAGAACAAGAGAAUAAGCCACAUGUAAAAAAUAGCAAAUAUCAGACCUUACCUGGGAAGCUGCUUCGACCCACACCUAAUGGAGAUCAUGGAGUUUACAAUACAUCCACUUCCCCAAAUGUAUUUGGAACGAACGAUAAUGAGGAUAGCAGCACAAUGAGCCUGAAUCGCAUCAGGAGUGUCAGUGCACCAGUAUUAGGAGAAAUGGAGAAUGAAGAUGGUACAAUAGCUUCAGACGAUCUUUCACCCCUCUGUUCUGGAACAGACACAGGUCCACAGUCUUCAUUAUCUCCAGACUGUAAAAGGAACCCAAAAGGCAUCAAGAAAAUCUGGGGAAAAAUAAGAAGAACUCAGUCGGGUAACUUCCCUGCAGAUGAUCUGGGCUUGGCUGAGUUCCGUAGAGGUGGUCUCCGUGCGACAGCUGGACCUCGACUAUCAAGAUCAAAAGAAACAAAGGGGCAGAAGAGUGACACCAAUGCACCCUUUGCCCAAUGGAGUACUGAAAGGGUUUGCAACUGGCUUGAGGACUUUGGUCUUGGUCAAUAUGUUAUUUUUGCCCGGCAGUGGGUGAGCUCUGGCCACACACUUUUAACGGCAACACCUCAGGACAUGGAAAAGGAACUAGGAAUAAAGCAUCCUCUGCACAGGAAGAAAUUAGUUUUGGCCAUAAAAUCAAUAAAUUCAAAACAAGAUGAUAAGUCUGCUCAGCUGGAUCAUAUUUGGGUGACACGAUGGCUUGAUGAUAUUGGCUUACCUCAGUACAAAGAUCAGUUUCAUGAAUCCAGAGUGGAUGGGAGAAUGCUUCAGUACUUAACUGUGAAUGACCUUCUCUUUCUGAAAGUCACCAGCCAGCUGCAUCAUCUCAGUAUUAAAUGUGCCAUUCAUGUGCUGCAUGUCAACAAUUUCAAUCCCCACUGCCUACGUAGGAGGCCAGUCAAUGAGAACAUUUCACCUUCAGAAGUAGUUCAGUGGUCCAAUCACAGAGUGAUGGAAUGGCUCAGAUCAGUAGAUCUGGCAGAAUAUGCGCCAAAUCUUCGGGGGAGUGGGGUUCACGGUGGUCUCAUUAUUCUUGAACCUCGCUUCAGUGGCGACACAUUGGCAAUGCUGCUUAACAUUCCACCUCAAAAGACCCUUCUGAGACGCCACUUAACCACUAACUUUAAUGUGCUGAUUGGGCCAGAGGCACAACAAGAAAAAAGGGAAAUAAUGGAAGCCACUGCUUACACGCCUCUCACUACAACUGCAAAAGUUCGGCCAAAGAAACUUGGAUUUUCACAUUUUGGAAACCUAAGAAAAAAGAAAUUUGAUGAAUCUACAGAUUACAUUUGUCCUAUGGAUACAAGUCCAGGUGCAACUAAUGGUACUCAGAAGAGCUAUGGUGGAUACAAAGGACUUAGUCCACUUUCCUCUGAUAAGGAAUUGGACAAACUGGAUCAGAUGGAACAUUCGGAAGGAACGGUAAUGCAAAUAGGGGCUCUUUCUCAAGGCAUAAACAAUCUCACGAAUAUGCUAAGCCAAGAUGAAAUGCUGAAUGACAAUAGAUUUUUAACACCCACCUUCGAAGACUGAAGAUGAUGCUUUAGCAUGAUCAAGAACACUAAUACCUCACACACACAUCCAGAUAAGUGGCCAAGGAAACUGGGUGCUAUAUGGCAGAAGAUAGCGUAUGCUUUUCUGCAAAUGAGAUAAACUUUAUAUGUCGUUAAUACAGCAACACUUUACAGGUAAAGAAAAAUACACUGGGUACCCUAAUAAGUAUUUUUACCUAGAUGUUAAAAAAACAAACAAACUAUGCAAAAUUAUUUCUCAUCCAGAGUUGAGAAACAAGACCAGUAAAAGAUGUCUUUGCAGAUAUAUGGUGAAUUUGUGCACAGCUGCAAGUGUACUUUUAUAAUUUUGUACUUUUAUAAUUACUUCCACAUAGGGAUUAAUGCCAGUAGAUUGGCACCAUAGCCACAGGUUCAGAGUCUUCCUGAGUUAAGUAAAAGCAAUGAGGACAAGCCUUUAAUAAUUCCAACUGCUCCUUUUCUCCUUGACCAAAUGGUGCAGCAGGUGCUAUCUUGGGGUCUGGCAGACAGCCACAAUGUUUACAGAACUGUUGCUGUAUAGACAGGGCUAGUUUAGGAGCUUGAGAGUCUCCAGAGAAAUUGUCAGUGGGGGAGCAGAAACUUUGUUCCCUCCUCUUGUACCUCCAUUUGUCUCCGCUUUCUCUGUCCUGCUUAUAACAUUGGGAUGGAGAGAGAAGACAGAUAAGCUUUCACACCUUGUGAAUAGCCCGUAGCGGAAGUGGGAUGAUGUAGUGGGCAUGUUCCCAGAAUAGGCCAGGAGGGAGCACAUUAAUCCUUACUAUGCUUUUUCUCUCUCUGCCUAAAACCAGCAACAAUUAGAAGGACAAUUUAAGACUCUCAGGAAAGAUGAGGGACUCAAAAGGCUACUUUGCUUAGUUUUGCUUGAUGCUUACUAUAAACACUGUGUGCGCUCAGUCAGGGAACAGACCUAACACCCAGCAAAGACAGCCUGCAUGUUGACUUUCUCAGACCCGGGUUCAACACUCCCCCUGCAGUUGCUUUGAAGUGCGUGCAAUGGAACUGGCAGCACAGCACAGGGUUUGUUGCAAGUGACGACAGUUCCUUGUACAAAUGGAAGGUUUUAGGAAGUUCUACUGUAUAUAGCCUUCUCCUAUAAAUAGCAAAACGUAAGGAAGUACUAAUGGGCCAGUGGGCUCUGAACAUUUUGCACUUGCCUGAACUGAGAGUCAGAAUGGCAUACAGAAUGGAGUUCCCAGAACUCAGAACAAGCAAUUGGAGGUGAUCAGCUGUGAGCCCUUUACCAGCCACUUCCCUUCUGUCACUGAAUUACUUUCAUGCUACUGUAAGUAAUUAAAUGUAUAUGAACUUUGGAUAGUCUCAUAACAGAGAUUUGGUCAGAAACAAGCUGUGAUGUUUGCACGAGAACCCGGUGAUUCUUUUUGUAAACCUUAUGCUGUGUUUUGUUUUAUUUUGUUUCUGCUUCUGUUUGCUUGCUCCCUUCAUUUCAGAUUCAUAUGUAUGCUUUCAUACAACGUUACCUUAAUAUAACAGCAGCAAACAAGUCAGUGCAUGCGUAAUGUGCAAAGGGUGACUAACUAACACAGCAAAACUAGUGUUUGUAAAGUUUUUUGUUUAAAAAUUCUCAUGCUGAUCAAAUCAGUUCUUUAUGGCAACUCCAUAUUUGUUAUCAGAAUAUCAGGGGUAUAUUUUUGUAAACUGGGAAAUUAACCCGGUUUUAAAACAAAGGGAGUUGGUAUUGAAAUGCAUAAUGGGCUUGAGCUAUUUUUCCAAGGGUGGUUCUCUCUCUUGUUUGCAAGAUGGUUUCAUUGUGUGUUACAAGGUGCCUAGAACAGUGGUUCUCAAAGUUUUUAGAUUCAAGGCACCACAGCACAACUUCUGUGAACUGACUGGCAUCCUAUUUCAAAACUAAAUGUUAGUGCUUGCCUCCUUGCAGAGGGACUAGGCAGCAGAGGUUGGGGAGUGCUGAGCCUGCAAUUAUCUUAUUGCUUAUCCCCUCACACCUUGCAACAGCCUUCAAAGGAUCUUAUGGCACCUCAGAGUACCUGGUUGAGAAUCAGUGAUCUAGAUUACAACAGGUAAUUUAGCCAGCGGGCAUGUCAGUGCCAGGCAUGAUCCUGUCCACUAAGCAGCAUAUCUGGAGUGUAUUAUAUUAGGUACUGUUCAAAGUGAGUAAGAGGUAUUUCUUACUCCUUAACUAACCACACUGAUUUUACUGAGAGCACUUGAAGAGUCCUUACUGAACAUAUUCCCAUUUGUGACUCUAAAGCCAGUGGGAACCUAAGUGACUUUUUAUGAAGUCUCAUUUGCCACUUCACCUGAGAAAGCUUUUGUAUAGGAAUUAAAGCAGCUAUUUUCCAUCAUGUCUAUUCUUGCUGUAUAAAGGAUAUGGUGAAAUUGUUUAAUUUAUAUACUUGACAAAGACUGGGAUUUCCAUGGGAAAGUCCCAUUGGAGUCAGUGGGAUCAGUUACACCUCCACUCAGUGCUUUCGAAAGGCAAGGAGUGUUAAUUAUCAGCACAGCAGACACUAAGCAUCUGAAAUGUUCAGUGAUGAAUUAACCCACAAAUGCAGGAAUGGUGACUCAAGUGACACCAUUACCAGUACAAGAGAGGAAAGCAGUGUUACAUUGCUGGCAUAUUUCCAGGAGGCCUGACUGGAUUUUUUUUUAAUGUAACACUUUAAAGCUUGUAUGUCAUAGUAAAAUCUACAAACUUUUGUUUAAAUUGUUUUAUCAGAUUAUUUAAACGUCUAAUUUUUGCCUAUGCUAAAAAAACCCCCAUCAAGCUAGCAGGAUAGAGGAGAGAGAACGGUUCAAGGAAAUGCAAAAUGUUGACCAUCUGCGCUGUCACAUUGUAGUGAAUAAAUUCUGGCUGUUUCUCUAUCUCCUGGUGAGUCUUUGUAGUAAUUUCUACACAAGCUUGGUGUGUGGGGAAGUUUAGGCUGAUUCCUCUAUGCCUAUAUUCUCUUCAUUAGUUAAUAAAUAUCCCCUAACUUGGAAUAACUUCUGAACUUGGUAGACACUGAACAAAUGCACAUAGUGCAAGUAUCCCAGUGAGCGGCAGCUUACAGGUAGCCAACAUGAAAUGCUGAGGACAGGGUACAUCUAAAAUGCUGUCAGUCUGUCAGUCAGAGGUACCUUACUGUGGUAAAACCUCUUCUAGCACUUGGGAUCUUCAGCCCGGAAGCCUUUUCCAAAUGUAAGUCCUUGCAUGCUUCAUUUCAAAGAACUGAGGGGGGCUCAUUCUUCUUUUAAAAUAGUCAGAGAUGCUCCCUUGAAAUGCAAGAUUUACCAGACCAGAGUGCCACAGAUCUUGCUCCCAGGGCAGUUAGUCAUUAAACAAAGUACAGAAAGUCCUUGGACCACUAGAACUUGCACCUCCCCCUCGCUAAUAAAUGCCCAAACUACUAGGCAAUGCUAUCUUACUCUCUUGGCCAAGUGAGUCUAAUUCUUCUCUGCACAGUGGCACACUUUCAACGAGCCACUGUGCAGAGAAGAAUUGAGAAUAGCCUUUUAAGCAGGUCAGAAUUACUAUUUCAGAUUGAAGUACUUUUUUAGCCUUAUUAUCUUAGGGUCCUGCCACAUAUUCUUAAAGCUGGAUAGAAACCAACUAUAGAGCUGUUAUAUAUUUUCAAGCACCAAAUUUGUAGCUGUUUGGCUCUUUUUAUAGCUGGAUAGGCAUUGUUAUAGUGUGAUAAUUACUUUGCAGAUGUGGCUGAUUAAAUUUAUUGCACCAUUAACCCAUUAACUGUGUAACAUACGUAACAUGUAGCAGAGGCCUUAAGCAUCUAAAUUUUGCUAUUUUCCCCUGCUCAGGCCUAUCAUUGUUUCCUUGCCUCAAGGUUUGAUCCUUCUUCACUUGAACUGUCACUGGAUUUCAUCAGUAAGGUACCAAGAAACAUUUUUAAAAGUUAGCAAUUUUUUGGUCCGGUCUCCGUUUAAAAGUCUUAUGUGCAAGGUGUGUGGGACUUUACGGUUAAAGAAAGAACAUAGAUCCUGUCCCCUAGAUCUUCCAGGGUUAAGGCACAGUAUAGUACAAAUAAGGCCUGAGAAUAGAAUGUAAAGCAGUAGAGUCAUUAAAGAGAUUUUUAAAAAAUCCAAAGCUCCCCCAUCUUUUGCCUCCUCCCACCACCUGG